UUAUAUGUGAAACUAAAAAAAAAAACAAUAAGGGACAAAACUCAAAUUAGGGUUUAUCAAAGAUUCAGUCGCCUGCUCACUUCAAUUUCUUCACAAGCUCAAGACUUUUCGUAGUUUUGAAGGAAGAUGGUGAGGCCGUAUGGGAUUAAAGUGAACAAGAGAAAGGAGAGAACAGAGAGGUAUGAUAAGGAAGAAGAUGAAGAAGAGGAGCAACCAAAGUUUGAGCAAAAGAAAAAGGCAGGUGAGAGUUCGAAGAAGGCUAAGAAAGCAAACACUCCGAUAGCAGAGGAAGAUAAUGAAGAGAAUGAAAUAACUGAGGAAGAAGAAGAAGAAGAAGAAGAAGCAGCAACAGCAGAGGAUAUUGUUGGAGGUAUACCUAUUGUCCUUAAGGAUCGUAGCACGGACAGGCCUGGAGUUGUUUUUGUGCUUGAGAAGGCCUCUCUUGAAGUUGCCAAAGUUGGAAAGACUUACCAGCUACUAAACUCGGAUGAUCAUGCUCAUUUCUUGAAAAAAAAUGACAGGAAUCCAGCUGAUUACCGACCAGAUAUCACUCAUCAGGCUCUUCUUAUGAUUCUGGAUAGUCCAGUUAAUAAGGCUGGGAGGUUGAAAGCAGUAUAUGUUAGAACAGAAAAAGGUGUCCUUUUUGAAGUUAAGCCGCAUGUUCGUAUACCUAGAACCUUCAAACGAUUUGCCGGGAUCAUGUUGCAAUUGCUACAAAAGCUGAGCAUUACUGCAGUUGGCAACCGUGAGAAACUUUUAAGGUGUAUCAAGAACCCUGUCGAAAUUCAUUUACCGGUUAACUCCCGGAAAAUAGGCUUCUCGCACAGCUCUGAAAAGCUUGUCAAUAUGCAGAAACACCUAACUACUGUCUGUAAUGAUACAGACACAGUUUUUGUGGUCGGCGCAAUGGCACAUGGGAAAAUAGAUUGUGACUAUAUUGAUGAUUUUGUGUCAAUUUCAGGGUAUCCAUUGAGCGCAGCCUACUGUAUCUCAAGAAUCUGCGAGGCAUUAUCAACAAAUUGGAAUAUUAUAUAAAGAUAUUACUAAGUUGUUUCGUUUUCUUCUCUCUACUGUUCUAAUACUGGGAACUACUACUUUUCAAGUUAUGUUGAUAUACAUUGUUCAUCUACUAUCAAAUUUAUAACUUUUCGUUAGGAAA